AUGACGAAACGUAAAGAUGAUGCACAGACUAUCCUGGAUGGUAGUUGGCUGAGCGCAUACAAAUCACAACGCUUGGGGCUCGAUCAGACGAGAAUUGAGUAUUGGGGAUCUGUAGUUGGUGUACAAAGUGCGGUGGAUGAGAUACCGGUUCCCAGAGAGGAAUGCAAUGAUUAUGGUUUGACUGAGCUAUUGUCUUCGACAGAUGUUGGUGAUGCCUUACUGUAUGCCGGAGGUACGUCCCCAGGAUCAGAUAAGGUGGCGGUGGCGGACUGUAAAUCGUUGGAACUGACGGUUAUCACAGAGUUGUUCAUCCUUAUGUUGGCGCUUGAGUGCCCUCCUGCAUCUCUUGUGACGGCACGGCUAAAGUUGGUGCCCAAGUAG